CAUUUAUUCCCGGUUUGACAGUUAUAGAAAUAAAAAGGUACCUACUAUUUGAAAAUCUAUGCCUGUAGUGAUGUUAAUGGCUGCCGAAACAUUGUUAACGACUUCCUAGGAUAUUUUUUUGAUUAUUUGUGAUAACGGUAUAAAAUAAAGUAACGUAUACGAUAGAUACUCCAAGUUUCAACAAAAUAAAAAUAUCAUUUUAUAUUCGCACGACUUGUCCCUAGCGGGAAGAAAAUAAUUAAUGGAGGAAGAAACAGAGUUUACCAAAUUACCUGUUGAGGAUAGAUGUGUCCAUAAAUCAUGGAAAGCCAGAGUUCAUGGAUACGAAGAAUGUACAAAAAAGUUUGGGCUAAUUGACGAUGAGAAGUCUCCUGAAUGGAACAAAUUUCUAGGCUUAAUCAAAAAAUUUGUCAUAGACAGCAAUGCCGUAGCUCAAGAAAAAGGAUUAGAAGCUACAUUAAUAUUUGUGGAAAAUGCUACUUGCGCUGGAAAAACCGUGGGAGAGGUAAUGAGUGGACUGGUUAACAAAUGUAUAGCAGCACCCAAGGCCAAAACAAAAGACUUGGCAGUACAGAUAACAUUAAUGUAUAUAGAGAUUGAAAAACAUGAAAUAGUUCAGGAAGAAUUACUAAAAGGAACAGAAGCUAAAAAUCCAAAAAUAGUUGCAGCUUGUAUUAAUACUUUGACUUUGAGUCUUAAAGAAUUUGGAUCGAAAGUUAUAAAUAUGAAACCAUUGAUCAAAAAAAUUCCUGCAUUUUUAGAAGAUCGUGAUAAAAGUGUACGAGAGGAAGGAAAAGCAAUGGUCAUUGAAAUAUAUCGAUGGGUCGGCGCACCAUUAAAACAACAAUUAAACACUUUGAAACCAGUCCAAAUGACUGAACUCGAAGCAGAAUUUGCAAAAUUGAAUAACACAAAAGCACAUCCAACACGUUAUUUACGAUCUCAAAAGCCUCAAAAAGUAACAAUUGAGACGACGUCAGUUGGAGACGAAGAUGUAGAUAAUGAUGAAGAUGAUGAUGAGGCAGAUGGCAAUGAUGUCGAUCCUUAUGAACUCAUUGAUCCUGUUGAUAUUCUUUCACAACUACCAAAAGAUUUUUACGAAAAGGUAGAAGCUAAAAAAUGGCAGGAACGCAAAGAGGCUUUAGAACAAUUAGAAAAUCUGACAAAAAAUCCCAAACUCGAAAGUGGUGAUUAUGGUGAUGUAGUUCGAGUUUUGAAAAAAGUUAUUGCAAAAGAUUCAAAUGUCGUUGUAGUAACUAUUGCCGGAAAAUGUCUAGCAGGUUUGGCUGGUGGCCUAAAGAAACGUUUUCAGCCGUAUGCUAGUGCAUGUUUACCAGUCGUUUUAGAGAAAUUCCGUGAAAAGAAACCUACAGUUGUAACUGUUCUAAGAGAAGCUGCUGAUGCUAUCUUUCACAGUACUACUAUUGACGUUAUUCUUGAAGAUUCUCUUGCUGCGUUAGAAAACAAGAAUCCAUCAGUUAAAGCUGAAACAGCCGCAUUUUUAGCUCGUGCUUUUGCAAAUACUCCUGCACCGAGUUUAAACAAAAAAUUAUUAAAAGCUUAUAGUGGAGCUUUACUCAAAACUCUUAAUGAGCCAGAUCCGACAGUUAGGGAUAAUUCGGCUGAUGCAUUAGGUACAGCUAUGAAAUUGAUUGGCGAAAAAGCAAUGACGCCAUUUAUUGCAGAAUUAGAUGCUUUAAAAAAGUCGAAAAUUCAAGAAUGCGCUGAGAAAGCAGUAAUUUUAGUUAAAGUUACUGGACAUCGAAAGACUGAUCGACCGACAACAGCUCCAGCCAAAAUUGAAUCAGCAAAACCAACAGCUUCUAACGAUACUGUCAAAGCUCUUAAAAGACCAAAUUCCACGACAACAAAGAAAACAGGUGGUGUCAAAAAAGCUGCUGGAGGAUCAAGUAAUUCAGCACCAUCGAAGAAAGUAGCUUCUACAAAAGUACAAGUAGAAAAGGACCUAAGCAGUGAAUCAGUUGAUGAACUCGCUGCAGAAUGUUUAUCUGCUGAAAUUUUAUCAGGUUUAGUUGAUUCAAAUUGGAAAUCUCGUCUAGCGGCUGUUGAACAACUUCUAGAUACAAUCAAACAAAUGAAUUCUAAUGAUGUUUGCACGCAAGUUCUUGUAAGAGUAUUGGGUAAAAAACCCGGCUUCAAAGAUACUAAUUUUCAGGUUUUAAAGCAAAGAUUAGAAAUAGUAAAAAUGCUGGCCGAAAACUAUUCAUUUUCUGUUACCACUUCCAGUUAUUGUAUUAUGGAUAUUGUAGAAAAAUUAGGAGAUUCAAAGAAUAGUUCAAUAGCUGCAGAUACUUUGAUAGCCAUAGCAGAAGCUACAAGUCUAGAACAUGUAGCUACUGAAGCAAUUACUUUUGCAUUCAAUCAAAAGAAUCCGAAAGUACAACAAGAAACGUUGCUUUGGUUAUCAAAUGCUCUACUUGAAUUCGGAUGUACAAUUAAUAUGAAAGCUUUAAUUGAACACAUUAAAAAAGCUAUUUCUGCGACAAAUCCUGGAGUUCGUACUGCUGCAAUUACGUUAGUCGGAACACUUUAUUUAUACCUUGGGAAACCUUUAUUAGCAUUUUUCGAUAGUGAGAAGCCUUCAUUGAAGCAACAAAUAGAACAAGAAUGUGAAAAACGCAGUGGUGAGGAACCACCUGAACCUAAACGUGGACCAAAAAAUAAAUCAAGUAAAAAGAAGGUAGAUGAUUUUGAUGAACAAGAUGAAAUUGACGAUGAUGUACCUAAUCAAGUAGAAACAAAUGAUCUCUUACCACGAGUUGAUAUUAGUAAUCACAUAACUGAAGCACUUCUUGCUGAAUUGAGUGACAAAAAUUGGAAAGUUCGUAAUGAAGGUUUACAGAAAGUGAGUAACAUCAUUUCAGAAGCUAAAUUCAUUAAAGGAUCAAUCGGUGAAUUACCACGAGGGUUAGCACCUCGUUUAGUAGACAGUAAUACCAAAAUAGCUCAAUCUGCUCUUGGAAUUUGUGAAACAUUGGUCAAUGCGAUGGGUCCACCUGCUAAACAACAUAUUCGUAUUCUCUUCCCAGGGUUUAUUCAAUGUUUAGGUGACUCCAAAAAUUGGAUUCGUUCAGCCGCAAUUUCUUGCAUUAAUACAUGGGGAGAUCAAUGUGGAUAUAAAGAAUUCUUUGACGGUGAAAUGAUUGGUGAUGCUCUAAAAUCUGGAUCGCCAGCACUUCGUUCGGAAUUAUGGACCUGGUUAUCCCAGAAACUUCCUACUAUUCCUGUCAAACAGAUUCCAAAAGAAGAACUUAUGGUCUGUAUACCUUACUUAUAUAAUAAUUUGGAAGACCGUAAUUCAGACGUCAGAAAAAAUGCUCAAGAAGCUGUUUUAGGAUUUAUGAUUCAUUUAUCCUACGAAGGUAUGGUGCGGCAAACAGAAAAAUUAAAACCUGGUUCAAAAAAUGUUGUUAUGGCUUGUUUGGAAAAAACACGACCAAGUCUACCAAUAAAACCUCUUCCCAAGAAACCGAUUCCUGAUGAAUCUCAGCAAAAAACUGUGAAAAGUGGUGGAGCUAUGAAAGCUGCAAAGUCUAUUGUUAAACCUAAAAGUGCUACUUCUUCCAAACCAGGUAGUGCUAGGAAGAAAGAUGAUGAUGCAGACACAAGUCCAUUGCUUGCUGUAAAUAACUUGAAACAUCAAAGAGUUAUUGAUGAACAGAAAUUGAAAGUGUUGAAAUGGAAUUUCACCACACCAAGGGAAGAAUUUGUAGAUCUUCUUAAAGAAUUAAUGAGCUCAGCAGGAGUUAACAAAACAUUAAUAGCUAACAUGUUCCACUCUGACUUUCGGUAUCAUCUAAAAGCCAUUGAAUCCUUGACAGAAGAUUUACAAGAUAAUAGUAAAGCUCUUGUAUCAAAUUUGGAUUUGAUACUCAAAUGGUUGACAUUACGAUUCUUCGAUACAAAUCCUUCGGUGCUUCUUAAAGGAUUGGACUAUCUUCAAACUGUAUUUACUAUUCUCAUUGAAGAUCAAUAUCAUAUGUUAGAAAAUGAAGCUGCUUCUUUUAUACCUUAUCUUAUUAUAAAAAUUGGAGAUCCAAAAGAUUCUGUCAGAAAUGGAGUCCGAGCUUUGUUUAAACAAAUAGCAUUAGUCUAUCCAGUCAGUAAACUAUUUUCUUAUGUAAUGGAAGGCCUUAAAUCUAAAAAUGCUCGACAAAGAACUGAAUGUUUAGACCAAUUAGGUUCUCUUAUUGAAAAUUAUGGAAUAAGUGUUUGUCAACCUACUCCUUCAGCUGCUCUUCGAGAAAUUGCCAAACAAAUAGCUGAUCGUGAUAAUUCUGUCCGUAAUGCCGCCUUAAACUGUAUCGUCCAAGCCUACUUCCUUGAAGGUGAUCGAAUAAAUAAACUCAUCGGUCAAAUGUCGGAAAAAGAUCAAUCUCUGUUAGAAGAACGUAUUAAACGUGCUAGCAAAAAUCGUCCUAUUAAAUCCGCCUCUUCUACAAGGAUGUCUGCUGUUCCUCCUGUAGCUUCUGUUGGACCAGUGAAUGAUGAUGUUGACCCUGAUAUGGAAGAUGAAGAAGAAGAGCAAAUGGAAGAAGUUAUUGAGCCGUUGAAUGACAGGAAAGAAUUGCCAAUUGUUAAUGGGCAUCCAAGUCCCCCAGGAAAAGAAGUACAAUCACAACAUGGAAUAUUAAAAUCUCCCAGCGCUGAUAAUAAUUAUAUUAAUCAUACAGAGCAAACGUAUAUGCUUCAACCCAAGGCAAAAAUAUCAGGACCUUUUGGGCUGGAUAUGGAUUUCUUGAAGAAACUAGAAGAGGAGGCUCCUGCAAAAUGGAAAAUACCUGAACUUACAGAACUAAGUUGGGAUCCAAAUGAAUCUAUUAAUUUAUUAAACAAACCGACUAGUAAUAUAAUUCCAAUAACGCCACCAUCAUUACUCACCCGUUCAUCACGAAUCUCACCGCUAGGAACACCAGUUAGUAAAGAAGAUAGUUUAGAGAGAUGUAUUCUCGCUAUGGCAAGUCCCGAUUUAGGAGCAGCCUUACAAGCUUUAAGUAACAUGGAAACAAUUUUGAAGUCUCCGCAAGUAUCGAUGAUUCAAUCAAAGGAAGAUAAAUUUAUUAAUUCUAUAAAUAUGCAAUUAAGACUCUUACAAACGUACCCAUUAACAUCUGAAAGCGUUGAGAUAGCAAAGGCCUUCAGAACAACAUUUAUGGUCACACUGUCAUUUUAUGACUCGGGGAUCCUUGGAAAAAAUGUCCCAACAUCUCAAUUGAAAGAAUUAGUUCAUCAAAUGUUAAUGCUUCUAGCUGAAAAUAAACUAGAUCAUAUAAAUCAAGCUGAUGUCUACAAUCGAGUUGUUAAUGUUAUUGUUGUUAAAAUGAUUGAUCACUCGAAUCACACUACUAUCAUAUGCGUACUAAUAAAACUCCUACAUGAGUGUGCCGAGGCUAAAGUUGCUCCAAAAUAUGAGGAAUUGGUAAUGAAAUGUUUAUGGAAAAUUGUAAAGACUAUUAAUAAUUGGGCUGUUGAAUUGGAUUAUGAUGCAAUUCUUCUAGAAGUACAUCAUUUCUUUAAAGAUUAUCCUUCAUCUUGGUGGAAAAAACGUAACUCAGAUAUGCCAGUCCGUACUAUUAAAACCAUUCUUCAUAGCAUGACAAAAGUCAAAGGCAGUGCCAUUCUGAAUCAUUUGAGCAGAAUUAAUGACACUAAUGAGUCUGAAUUACGUUGUUAUCUUAAUAGACUUAUUGAUAUCGUAAAUCCAGAUGAUAUUCAUUCAGGAACUCGAACAAUUACGAAGCAGAAACAUCUUUCAAAAAUUACUCAUGCUCAGUUAACAGAAAUAUUUAAAAAGAUUGGCUCAAAGCAUCAAACUCAAGAGGGUUUAGCUCAGUUGUAUGAUUUUAAAAUCCAACAUCCAGAAGCGGAUGUUCAACCAUUUUUGGUCAAAUCUCACCAAUUUUUCCAAGAGUUUAUAGAACAAGGCCUCAAGGAUAUUGAUCAAGCACGUAAGAAUCAAAAUAUUACUUCCCAAAUGAAUCAUCAGUAUGGAACGACAGGAGUCCCAGUGCAGGCACCAGUGACUAUUCCAGAAGAGAAAAAUAGUAUGGAUCCCAUUCAAAGGCUGGAAAAAUUACGAGCUUUAGAAGCCCAGUACCGUGCGAAUGCUCCAAAUCAGUCAAAUCCAACGUGAAUUCAAUUAUUUAUUAAACAUAGUUUUAACUCAAGUAUCAGAUAGAUGUUAUGUACAUAGCUCUGGGUAGUUCUUUUGGAAAAACUAAUUAAGUAUUAAAAAUCUCACUGUUUUUAAAUUAUUAAUCAACUGGAAUAAAUUUAAGUGAGUAUAAUUUUGCUAAAAACCGUAGUAGAAUGAAUGAAAAGCAUGACCGGUAUUGAUACAGACUAUGUACUCAAUAAUACUGCUUUAAAGAUCUAAA